UGUUCGAGGGGUGAAUCGCGUAGACAUGGUUGUUGAUGUUUUUAUUUUACUUGUUUUGUCUCGAACCCGCGAAAAUAAACAUAAUGAAUAACUCAACGAACUGUAAUAAAGGGCGGAGACAGAGCGAGCGGUACAACUGAUUACGAAAACAAAGCGAGUUUUGAGAUUCUUCGUGAAAGGGGAUAUCUAUUUAAACUGUUUAUUUAAGUAGAAAUUAGGUUGUAAAGAUGAAAGUGGAUUGAAAUCCUUGGAUACUAAUAUUCUACGACGCGACGGAUUGCGAAAGAUUGUUCGAUAGGGUGCAAACAAUAUUGAUAACAAGAGCUUUAUUCUAGCAGAAGAUGAACUCUCGACUGGUGGCCAAAAAUCUGGCCCGCUUCAAGUUGGUCACGUUCGAUGUAACAGAUACCCUGUUAAAAUUCUCGCGACCUCCGGAGGUUCAGUACGCGUUGGUGGCGCGCCGGCAUGGAUGCGCCGACGUAGACGAGCGCGCUUUGGCUCGCUGUUUCCGGUCCAACUUUCAGCGGAUGGCACGUGACCACCCCAACUUUGGUAAGUGCUCCAAGUCCUUGUCAGGAAAUCGCGACUGGCGGUGGUGGUGGCAAACGCUGGUGGUGGAUAUAUUUCACGAAUCUCACUCGCACCUUGAUCGUACGAAACUGCAAGCGAUCGCGGAACAGUUGGUCGAAGACUACCAAACGAGCGAUUGCUGGGCGAAGAUUGAUCAGGCCGACGACAUUAUUCGGCUGUUUCGUGCCCAUUCAAAAGAGGUCGGGAUCAUAUCCAACUUUGACCCGCGACUAUCGGUGAUAAUCGAGAGCAUGGCGCUGCCCACGGUGGACUUUAUCGUUACGAGCUACGAAGCCGGUGUCCAGAAGCCAAGCAGACAGAUAUUUGACCUGGCAUUGGACAAGUGCCGAGCGAAUGUUUUGUCCGGCGAGGCGUUGCACAUAGGAAAUACUCCAAAGUUGGACUAUUUGGGUGCCAAACAGGCCGGCUGGUCGAGCGUUCUAGUCAACGUCGAUGAACAGGGAGUUUCUCUGCAAAAAGACAUCAACCCAAGGCACGUGUUUAAAAAUUUUCAAGAGUUUAUUCACGUGCUAGAGACGAUAGAGAUUGAUUGGUGAUUAUUCUUUGUUUUGGAUAGUUCUAUUUUUAUGAUAAAUAUAAUGUUAUCAAAUUGUGUACAUAUAAGUUAGUGAUUUGCUAAAUAAAUAUCAAACAACAAUACACGGUUAACAUGAGA